CUUAUUUCUACGGUCCAGGCUCAACGGGCGUCGUUACCAGUACGGAAAGGGCACGAGCCGCUGUAUAGGCUUUUGUUUGCGCUGGUAAGUCUUUACGUUUUAUACUUGACUAUAGAGGUCAAUCAUAACAAGGGAGGCCACGGAUUCAACAGAACUUCAGGGCUGUCGCCUCAAUCAACUACCCAAACAACAGUGUAUUUCUAAUGCAGCGACAUUUUGGAUCGCUGUAUUGAUAUUUCCACGUCUGUUAAUACGAAUUAUAGUUCAAGCAUCGUGCAAUAUAUCAAAAUCGCUGAAAAAUGGCAACGGCAGCGCACUUAGAUCGAGGUGUUAAAGCUGGCUUUAUCGCAAUCAAAGGGAAAAUGGCCGAUAUGUCAGAAAAUAUAAAGGAACUAGAAGAAAAAGAGAAGAGAUGCAUUGAAGAACGAAAUAUGCUGAAAAAGAAGACUCGCGAAGCCUUUGCGAAAAUGACAGAGCUGACGAUGCUAACAGGCGAAAAGGAGGAAAACCUUCGAAAAGCAACGGAAAAAUUGAAAUAUUCUUUGAACAGACUUGAAGAAAAACAGGGUCAUCUUGCACGUCUUGGAGAAUGGAAUAAAAGUAUCACGCAAAUACCCGCCGAACAGAUUACACAAACAGAAGAAAAUUUGCGAGUUGUAAAAACCAAUUAUUUCACAGCCAGGGAAAAACUAGCAGCGGCUAGGGCUAGAAUAAUGGAAUUGGAGAUGAACAUUGAAAAACAAGAAAAUAAGCUUGCUGAUCUUUCAAGAAAGGAGGAACAAGUAGAGGUUCAGCUGGAACACCAAAGUAAAGAAUGUGAGUUAAAGAAGACACGCGAGGCAAAACAAGAGAACGUUGCAAACAGCGUGGAAGGGAGAUUUCACGAAAUGGAGCAACAGUUCUACAGUUCAAGAAGACGGCGCGAUGUUGCAUCAGUAAGACUGAAAGAGCUUGAAAUGCAAAUGUCUAACAGCGAGUUGCGAUGUGAAGAGUUCAAGAAGAAGCGUGUUGCCAUGGAGUCUACCCUACGAGAGCUUUUGUCCUCGUAUUCUAAGUGUCGGGAAGUUCAACCCCCACCUAAGUACCCCCAAGCUGGAACUGCAGUUAAUUCGUCUAGAUGAAAACCAUUGCGUUGUGAACACUAGUCUUCCUUCAAUGGCGUUUAGUGGAGUAGCUUUCUGUUUACAAUAUUCAAUAACUUUUGUCUAGCAACUUCGAGUUUGGCCUUGUAUUUAUUGUGUGUUUUUUAAUCAAGACAUCCAAUUAG